UCUUUAUUGAAGUAUAAUUGCCUUACAAUAGUGUGCUAGCUUCUGCUUUAUAACAAAGUGAAUCAGUUAUACAUAUACAAUAUGUUCCCAUUUCUCUUCCCUCUUAUACUAUUGUUUUUGAACAUUAUGUAAAUAGUAUCACACUGUAGAUAAUCUUUGGUGAUUUGCAUUUGUUGGUCAACAUGUUUGUGAGAUUUAUCUUUGUAGAAUUAUGUAGUUCGGGUUCAUUUUUGCCAUCAUAGUUUCCAUUGAUUGAGUAUAAUACAACUAAUUUAUUCUCCUGUUGAUGGGCAUUUGAGUUGUUACCAGGUUUUUGCAAUUAUAAUUUGUACUGCUGUGAACUUUCUUGUGCAUGUCUCUUUGUGCAAGAGUGCAAAGAGUUCCUCUAGGGUACAUAGUAGAUACCUUGAAGAGGUAAAUUCCAUUUUACAAGUUAAUGCCAAAUUAUUUUCCAAAGUGGCUUCCAAAGUGUUUGCACCAAUUUUCACUUCCACCAACACUGUCCAAGAGUUCCUUUUGUUUUACAUCCUUCAGACACCUGAUGCGGCCAGACUUUAAAAUUUUUGCUUCUCUGGUGGGUGUCAACAUUUACCUUCUCCUGAUAAUUAGUGAGGUUGAGCUUCUUUUCAUAGGUUUAUUAGUGGUUCUUCUUCUGCAAAAUGGUUGUAUAUAUAUUGCCCAUGUUUCCACUUAGUUGUCUUCUUACUGAUUUUUUUGGAAUUCUUAAUUCUGGACAGCAAUUCUUCUUUGGUUAUUUUCUUGUAAAUAUCUUUUCCCAGUCUAUAGUUUUUUUUGUUACUGUCUUUGUGUCUUUUGAUGAAUACGAGUUCUUAAUUUUAAGAUAGUUACAUUUAUCACUUUUAUAGCAUGUGCUUUUUGUUUUGUAUAAGAACAUUCUCCCUAUUCUGAUGUCAUAAAACUAUUCUUCUAUAUUUUCUUCCAAAAGUUUGAAAGAUUUGUCUUUAGUUUUUUUUUUAUUCACCUGAAAUUGAUUUUGUCUAUGGUCUGAGGUAGAAAUCUAAUUUAAAUAUUUUUCUCAUUAUUGCAUUAUAAUUACAUUAGUUUCCUACUGCUCCUGUAACAAAUUACCACCAAUCUAGUGGCUUGAAAAACACAAAUUUAUUAUCUUACAGCUCUGGAACUUAGAACUGGGUUUCACUGGGCUAAAAUCAAGGUGUCAGCAGGGGCUACACUGCAUUCCCAUCUGGAGGCUCUAGAAGAAGUUUUUUUUUCCCCUUUUCCAGCUUCUAGAAGUUGUCCCCUUGAGCCCUCUUCCAUCUUCAAAGCCAGCAAUGGCCGGUCAAGAUUCUUUUGUAUCACAUCACUCUGACACUGACCCUUCUGCCUCCCUCUUUUACUCAUAAGGACCCUUAUGAUUACACUGGGCCCAUCUGGAUCAUCCAAGAUAAUCUUCCCACCUCAAAAUCCUUAAACUAGUCACAUCCUUAAAGUCCCUUUUGCCACGUAGGUAACAGUCACACAUUCAGAGGAUUAGGAUGUGGACAUCUUUGGGAGAGCAUUAUUCUGCCUCCCACAAUAAUCAACUGAUUCAGCACAAUUUAUUUAAUCUUUUCUGAACCUGGGUACCGGGAAACACUGGUCUGGUGGUGGUAAUAAUAAUAAUAAUAGCAGAUAACUGGGACCCGGGUCUGAUCGCGCAGUUCUCACGGCCUGGUCUGGGGCGGACCCAGGAGGGGAAUUCCCCCAGCCGCGAUCCCCAUGGGGCUGUGUUUUCCCUGUCCCACGGAGGCCGCGCCUCCUUCGCCGGACCUGGAAGAAAAAAGAGCAAAGCUUGCAGAGGCUGCAGAAAGAAGACAGAAGGAGGCUGCAUCUCGGGGCAUUCUGAAUGUUCAGUCUGUGGAAGAAAAGAGAAAGAAAAAGGAAAAAAUAGAAAAAGAAAUGGCUACAUCUGGGCCCCCACCAGAAGGUGGCCUUAGGUGGACAGUUUCAUAAAGCAUAACAUGAGUGAAAGAGUCUACUGCCAAUAAGUAAUAUCUGCAAUCAAGCGGACAUCCUCAAUUUAAUUUCUUCUCUUUGAAUAAAUGAAGAUUCAGACGUCGUAAUUUUAGUCUCUUAAAUGCAGUGCUUUUUCAAAAUUGAAUAUUGAAAAUGCUUUUGAUUGUUAGACUUAGGAAAUGGCCAGACCUUUCAUUAAAUACUUAUUUUCCCUACAUUUGCUCUUCUGCAGACAGUGGGUGAUUUGCCGUUUUUUAGUAGUUAAAACAUGGGCCUAAAUAGUGAAUAUAUAUUUAUAUACUCCAUGGAAAAACUCUGCAUACACCUCAGAUA